GCAUAUUCAGUGUACCUCCUACAACACUUGGUCGACAAUUCUGAACAGGAUGAAAGAGCUGGAAUUAUUAUGUAUGACAUAGCAUGUAGCCUUCAGAGACACUUGCAGGUAUAGUUAGUAAAAAUAAGUAAUAUGAAAACUCAUGAAGACCUACAGGCAAAUUUUAAGUUUGUUGUGCCAGUGUUUCACAGUUAUGCACAUAAUAUGGCAUGCAAGCUUGAAUUUCGUCAAAGGUUUGUGGAGGGAACUGGACUUAAUGAUGGAGAAGGUGUCGAGAGAUUGUGGUCCUACCUCAGAAAAUUCAAUUCUAUCACAACAGAAAUGACUGUGUCAAACAGACACUAUUUGUUGGUGGAUGCAUUAGAACAUUAUUCAAACAGAAUAAAGGAAAAAUUAGGGGAACGAUUAAAGGCCAUGCUUGAGAAAGCAAAAAAAUUGCAACAAGAAACCAGAGACGUGUUCACUGCUGUAGAAGCAAAGCAUGAUGGCAGUGCAGCAGAAUGGAUUUUACUCUGGAAAGAGUUAUCAAGAAGUGGAAGACAAGUUUCUGUCAGUUUAACACCAGAUGAAAGAUACUGUUGGCUCUCCAAACAGAUUGUUACACAAAGGAUAAUGUUAGCCGAUUCCAAUGUUGAGGAUGAGAAGGUACUUUUUAAAGACCUAUUCAAAAGUAAAACAGAAAAUGAAAUGAAGAAAGUAGGCAAGCAGAUAAAUGUACAAAGUUUGGAUGACCAGAAAGAAGAGCUAGCCGAAUCAGCGAAAAACAAACUAAAGCAAGGACAUCUCAAAAAACUACAAAUGUUUGCUAAUGAAAGGCAAUACAUUCUGUCUUUACUGAAGAAAUACUUUGAUGGACAAGAGAUGGCAAAACGAAUUUCCAAACAGCUGUCUUCCAACAGUGAAAAGAUAAAGAAAAGCCUUAAAGAAUUUAAUAGCAAGUUCAGUGAAAGGUUUUCUUUUGCUGAAGUCAGCUCACCAUCUGCUACAUUCUUCAAUGAUUUGAAUGUUUCGCCUUUCCUCGAUGAAGACAAAAUAAAGGCUUGCCAGGCCUACUCCCUCUACCAGCAUGCAAUGGAGCAGGAACAAAUGACAAUGCUAGAGGUCAAAGCUUUGUUGCAUCAUAUUGAUGAUAAAAAUCAACAUUUAUUAAAUCUUAUAGUGGAAGCCACACAAUAUGACAGAUAUCAAAUUGGUCGUAAGCAUAUGCUUAUGAUGUUAAAGUUGAAAGCUGAAGAGCAGUGGAUAAGAUAUCGUUUGUGUUUAUCUGAAUUUUCCGAUAAAAGUGCAGAGAGUCAAAUUCACUCUUUUAUCGAUAUGCCUCUGCAGACAGAUUUUAUUGAAUUAGAUUGUAUAUUUGAAGAAAUGUCUGACUUAUCUGAAUCGGAUGAUAGUGAAACUGAAUGA